GGAUUCCGGUAACAGAUUUUCAGAGGGACGACUUUAUUCGGAAAGUGCGUCUUCAUAGGCGAAUCGACGGAAAGUUUUCCUGCCGGCAAAAGAUCGCGAGAUCAGUCUACUCUGCGUCGAUAGUGGCAGCUCAUUGUGUCUUUGUUCGCGCUUUCGAAUUCCGGCAGGAUUCAAUUUCUCAGGAUUCCACCAGGUCGAGAUAUGACUCGCGAGUUGCGAGGAUAACAUCAUGAAGGUCACGUUCAUACACCUGGAUCUCGGAAUCGGAGGAGCCGAAAGGCUCGUCGUCGACAGUGGGAUCGCCCUACAAAAUGCGGGUCACUCAGUAGAGUUCAUCACUUCUCAUCACGAUAGAUCUCAUUGUUUCCCGGAAACUAAAUCCCAGUUGCCCGUAACGGUGGUUGGCGAUUGGCUGCCGAGAUCGAUAUUUGGGAAAUUCUACGUGCUUUGCUCAAUUCUGCGCAUGUUGUUCAUAUCGUUGUACCUGGUCAUCGUCAGAAGAGGGUCGAAGAGACCAGACGUGAUUUUUCUAGAUCAAGUUUCUCAAUGCAUGCCCAUACUACGGUGGCUUGGAGUUCCUGUAUUAUUUUACUGCCAUCAUCCCGAUUGUCUAUUGGUGCAGCGUCGGAGUGCAUUGAGAGAUGCUUAUCGGAAACCUAUCGAUUGGUUGGAGGAAUACACGACGUCGCUUGCAGACAUCAUCGUAGUGAAUUCUCGAUAUACUGAGAGAGUCUUCCGCACAACUUUCCGAGGCUUGGCGCACAUUCCCCUCGAAGUCAUAUAUCCCACAGUGAACUUUUCUUUAUUUGAUUCCCCGUUGGAAGAAAACUGUUUGGAGCAAUAUCCCGAGCUGAGAAACCCGGAGCUCACGAAGUUCCUGUCCAUAAACCGCUACGAGCGGAAGAAGAAAAUUCAUUUGGCUCUGGAAGCUCUGAAAAUCGCUCUGGACAGUGGAAGAAGAGGUCUCCACCUGGUUAUCGCUGGCGGCUUCGACUCCGGAAACAAGGAAAACAUUGAGCACUACAACGAGCUCGUGGGGCUCGCCACGAAGCUGGAUAUUGGAAAUCACGUGACGUUCCUCAAAUCUCCGUCCGAUAAGGAGAAGCAGCUCCUGAUGCAUCUUUGCUCAGCGGUCGUCUACACGCCGGAGAACGAACAUUUCGGCAUCGUCCCAAUCGAAGCGAUGUAUUCAAAGAGACCGGUGAUUGCCACCAACACGGGUGGACCUCUGGAAACGAUCGAACACAACUCGACGGGCUUCCUUUGCGAGCCCACUGGAGAAGCGUUCGGCAGAGCGAUGCUAGAAAUCGCAACGAGCCCGAGACGCACCGUGGAGGAAAUGGGUAGCGCCGGAAGGAAACGAGUUGUCACGCUCUUCUCAUUCGAGGCAUUCCAACGAGGAUUAUGCGAACUUCUUGAGAAGCUGGUCCCGGAAAGACGUGGACGGGAGCGGGAGUGACCAAACAAGGGAUUAUAA